UCUCGCGCACUCCGCUGCCCUCCCUUCCCCUCUCAAGUGGUGAAGUCUGAUACUCUGAUCCCACCGCUCGCCGCUCCUCCCCUUCGGCUUCCCUCCCAUUCCGCCCGAAAUCGCCGGGGGAGCCCUAAACCCAACCACCGCUACCGCUCCUCGUCCUCGGAGUCAUCGUCGGGGGCGCGGAGAUGGAAGCGGCGCUGGAGGCGGCGCGCGCCAAGGACACGAAGGAGCGGCUGGCCGGGGUGGAGCGUCUCCACGAGGCGCUGGAGGCCGCGGCGCGUCGGGGGCUGACGGUGGCCGAGGUGGCGUCGCUGGUGGACACCUGCAUGGAUCUCACCAGGGACGGCAACUUCCGCGUCGCCCAGGGCGGGCUGCAGGCGCUCUCCGCCGCUGCCGUGCUCGCCGGCGACCACUUUAAGAUCCACCUCAACGCGCUCGUGCCCGCCGCCGUCGAGCGCCUCGGCGACGGCAAGCAGCCCGUCCGCGACGCCGCCCGGCAGCUCCUCGUCACCCUCAUGGAGGUUUCUUUGCCGACAAUCGUUGUUGAAAGAGCUGGAAGUUAUGCAUGGACUCACAAGAGCUGGAGGGUGCGGGAAGAGUUUGUACGCACAGUUGCAGCAGCAGUUGGGCUUUUUGCUUCUACAGAACUCCCGCUACAGCGAGUGCUGCUUUCACCUGUCUUGCAAUUGAUGAAUGAUUUAAACCAAAGUGUUAGAGACGCUGCAAUCUCAUGUAUUGAGGAGAUGUACAAAACCAUGGGAUCUCAAUUCCAUGAAGAGUUGCAGCGCCAUAAUCUACCUUCUUAUAUGCUAAAGGAAAUAAAUUUAAGAUUAGAUAAAAUAGAGCCCAAAGUUCCCUCAUGCGAUGGUGCUAAAAUACUGCGUAGGGCUAAGGAAUCUAGAUCUAUUAGUGCUAAUCUAAAAAGAGGCAGUCCAAGGAAAAAAAGCAUGCCAAGGGAAAACACGUUAUUUGGAGGUGACACGGAUGUUAAUGAGAAGCCAGUGGAACCCAUAAGAGUUCACUCCGAGAAAGAAUUACUUAGAGAAUUCGAAAAGGUUGCAUCUGCCCUUAAUCCAGAGAAGGACUGGUCUAUACGUAUUGCUGCUAUGCAAAGGAUCGAAGCCUUGGUAUACGGAGGUGCAAUUGAUUACCCAUCAUUUCUUAUACUCUUAAAGCAGCUAGUUCCUCCAUUGUCCUCGCAGCUAUCUGAUCGACGGUCCAGCAUAGUUAAACAGGCAUGUCAUCUACUUAAUGUACUAUCGAAGGAACUUCUUGGCGACUUUGAAGCAUGUGCUGAAAUAUUUAUUCCGGUACUUUUUAAGCUCAUUGUCAUAACUGUGUUCGUGAUUGCCGAAUCUGCAGACAACUGCAUAAAAACUAUCCUGCAGAACUGCAAGGUUUCACGUAUUCUUCCACUUAUAGCUGGCACGGCAAAGAAUGAUCGCAGUGCAGUCCUCCGUGCUAGGUGCUGCGAAUAUGCACUCCUAAUAUUGGAGUACUGGGCAGAUGCUCCAGAAAUACAACGUUCAGCUGAUUUGUAUCAAGACCUAAUAAAGUGCUGUGUUGCAGAUGCAAUGAGUGAGGUCCGUGCGACGGCAAGGGCUUGCUAUAGGAUGUUCACAAAAACAUGGCCCGAGCGUUCAGGCCGGCUUUUUAUGUCAUUUGAUCCUGCCAUACAGAGGAUAAUAAAUGAGGAAGAUGGGGUCAUGCACAAGCGGUAUUCUUCUCCAUCAUUGCAUGAGAGGGGUGUUCAACUUUCUCGUGCUUCAUCUCAUGCAGGUGGUACCCAUUUUGGAUAUGGUACUUCAGCUAUUGUUGCAAUUGAAAAGAGUGCCGCUAUUUCUUCUGAAUCAUCUCUGUCCUCUAGCGGUCUUCUAUUGUCACAGUCGAAGACAAUUGGUAGAAGUGCUGAAAGAAGCAUAGAAAGUGUGCUUAGUUCAAGCAAACAAAAAGUUUCAGCCAUUGAAAGUUUAUUGAAAAGUGUAAGCAUGUCAGACAGACACAAUUUGUCAGCUGUGCACUCAGCAAGCUUGGAUCUUGGAGUUGAUCAUCCAUCCUCUCGUGAUCCUCCUAUCCCACUUUCUGCACCUGCUUCAGAUUCAUCUUUUGCUGGCAUCACUAGCACAAUAAAUGGUGGUUCGUGUUUGGUGGACACAAUGACGCGGGUCAAAGAGCGAUCAAGGUCACCAUAUUUGCGUAAUCUAUCAUCCGAACCAAUAUCAGGCUUGUCACUUCCAUAUUUGAGAAUAUCUUCAGGGAGGUCUCAAGCUGGUAGAAUUAUGGAUGAGAAUAAUGAUACAUGGCCAACCAGGCGAUCACCAAAAAUGCAGAUGGACAAACACUACGUUGAUAUGCCCUAUAGGGAUGCCAGUUACAGAAAUUCACUUAACAAUCAUGUUCCACACUUCCAGAGGCCUCUUAGGAAACAAGUGGUAUCAAUGGCUUCUGCAAGUGGCAGGCACAGUUUUGAUGACGGUCACGUCCCAUCUAGUGACAUAUCUCUAUAUUCAGAUGGCCCAGCAUCUCUAAAUGAUGCACUCUCUAGGGGUCUUAGUCCAAGUUCAGACUGGGUAGCUAGAGUUGCAGCGUUUAACUUUGUUCAGACAUUGCUGCAACAAGGACAGAAAGGCAUUCAAGAGAUUACUCAGAACUUUGAAAAGGUCAUGAAGCUAUUUUUCCGUUACUUGGAUGAUACUCAUCACAAAGUUGCACAGGCAGCUUUCUCCACACUUGCAGAUAUUAUUCCAGCAUUCAAGAAGCCUUUUGAGAGCUAUGUUGAAAGAACUUUACCAUACGUCUUUUCUAGAUUUAUUGAUCCAAAGGAAUUGGUUCGACAACCAUGUUCGUCGACCUUGGAAAUUGUUGGCCAAACGUAUUCUAUCGACACAUUGCUACCUGCACUAGUACGUUCACUGGAUGAACAAAGGUCUCCAAAAGCAAAACUGGCUGUUCUUGAGUUUGCAAAUAAGUCAUUCAACAAUUACACAGUAAAUUCUGAAGGUUACAGUAACAGUGGCUUUCUUAAGCUCUGGCUUUCAAAACUAGCACCUUUAAUACAUGAAAAGAAUGCAAAGUUGAAGGAAACAUCCAUUUCUGGAAUCAUAUCAAUUUAUUCUUAUUUUGAUUCAGCAGCAGUCCUAAAUUUCAUUCUUAGUUUGUCGAUUGAAGAACAGAACAUUGUGAGGCGAGCUUUGAAGCAAUAUACUCCUCGUAUUGAGGUCGAUUUGGUAAACUACCUUCAGAGAAAGAAAGAACGUCCACGUCCCAAAUCUUUUGACCAAGUUGAUUCUGGAGCUUCUUCUGAAGAUGGUUAUGCUCUGACAUUGAAGAAAAGCUUUCCAUUUGGACGCUUUUCUGCUAGUUCACUUGACACUGAAGCAGGGAACAAGAUGAAUACAUUGCUUAACACCCCCAUUGGUCAAGCAACCUCUGAUGUCUGCAUUGAUCACGCUAAGCAAUGUUUGGAACAUACCUCUGAAGCUGAAGUUCUUAUGGCACAUAGGGAACUAAAGAACAAUGCCCGCUCAGUUGUAGGAACUGUGCAUUCAUGGACAGAUCAUCCUGAAAAAUCAGAUGCCACCAUGGAUGAUGAAAAUUCUACUGGUACUCCUCGCCAGGAUUUUGGCCAUCUUCUUCCAUCUGAUGGACGUAAUUCUGUUGUAGCAACUGCUGGGGAGCACACUCAAGAGGGAGAUCCAUUUGUUGACCCUAGUCCUGUGAAGACUAUUCCACAUGCCAGUAACGGCCCCAGCAUUCCACAACUUCUUCAUCAGAUAGGCAAUGAUGGUGAAGUUUCAAGCCUACACAAGCGGGAGGCAUUACAGCAGUUGGUUAUAGCUGCCACCAAUAACGAUAGCUCUAUAUGGACAAAGUAUUUCAAUCAGAUUUUAACAACUGUCCUUGAAGUGUUGGAUCAAUCUGAUUCUUCUGUGAGGGAGAUUUCUCUGUUGUUAGUUGCCGAGAUGAUCCACAAUCAGAAAGAUCCUAUGGAAGAAUCCAUUGAGAUUGUCCUUGAAAAGCUCCUGCAUGUGACCAAAGAUGAUGUUGCGAAGGUUUCAAACAAAGCACACAAAUGCUUAAAUGUUGUGUUGGCAGAAUACGAUCCUUUUAGAUGCCUUGCUGUUAUUGUGCCUUUGUUGGUUAGUGAUGAUGAAACGACACUUGUCGUAUGUAUCAACUGUUUGACAAAGCUUGUUGGGCGGCUCUCACAGGAGGAAUUGGUGACUCAACUGCCUUCAUUUUUACCAGUGCUCUUUGAUGCUUUCAGUAAUAAGAGUCCAGAUGUUCGCAAGGCUGUCGUAUUCUGUUUAGUGGAUAUCUACAUCAUGCUUGGGAAAGCAUUUGUACCAUAUCUGGAGGGGCUUAGUAGCACGCAGCUGCGCCUAGUAACAAUCUAUGCAAAUCGGAUAUCACAGGCAAGGUCUGGUGCACCAGUCGAUGCUAGCCAAUGAGUCAUGCUGUUUUGUGUACCAUAUGCAUAUUUGUUUGUAUGAGCUGGGUUUUGGGCUUCAUUCAUUUGUAUAUAGAACAGGCUAGAUGCCUCCAUGUAUUUAGCUUUUGGCUUUUCGUGUGAUAUGUGUUAUCCUUCUUUAUUUGUCCCCUGUAUGUGGGGAUUGUGUUUUGUGUUUCCAUGCACCAUUCGCAUUGUACAAGGAACAAAAAUGUAGCUUGAUGGAGCUUGUUUCCCCUCAUUUUCCUGUGGGGGUUGGUGUAUAGAUAAAUUGCUGACGAAAAAGGGUUGUGAAUAUUUAGCUGUUCGACUUUGUGAAGACAAUUGUAGCUUUCUACAUGUGACAUUGAUUAUUUUAUCCGUGUUGGUGAUUGAGAAA